AUGGCAAUGCCUCGCUCUGUCGUUCCUCUAGAGUCGAAUCCUGAAGUUUUCUCUAAAUUUGCACAAAGAUUGGGUCUUUCAAAGCAAUAUGCAUUCAGUGACAUAUAUUCGCUUACAGACCCGGACUUGUUAGCAUUUAUGCCUCGUCCCAUGAAAGCCAUUAUACUCCUGUUUCCACUAAAUGAGUUUUUUGAAAGCUCCAAAAGUUCAGAUAUAAAAGAAGACUCUGACACCAACAAGCCAGCAUGGUUCAAGCAAAGUGUUAGAAAUGCCUGUGGACUAUACGCUCUAAUACAUGCUAUGUCAAACAAUCGAGAGCUUUUAGAAGAAGGUUCAAAACUAGGUCAGUUCCUAGAAACUCAUCCAAGAAGCGACAGUAAGUAUGCUGAUGAUCAAACCGACGACUUUAUUGUGUCCAUCAGUGAGCUUUACAAUGAGACUUCUGCACUAGGCCAAACAGUGGCACCACCAGCAGAUGAAGAAGUAGAUCUCCACUUUAUUACGUACAUUGAGAAGAAUGGUCAAGUAUAUGAGAUGGAUGGCAGAAGACCAAAUGGUGCCAAAUUCCUAGGUAAAUCCUUAUCUGAAGACCUGCUGGAUGAACCACUUGUCAAAAACAGAAUUCAGUGGUACAUGAAGCACGCGACUGAAGAUAUGAAGCUGAACUUUACCCUGCUGGGUCUGGCACCUAGUUGGGAUUAA